GUAGGCCAUGAUAUAUUUGACGCAAGCGCUCCAAUCGACGUGUUUACGAUCAUGCUGAAUUGAAAUUCCUGAUCUUUAAAGGAUUCAUUAAAAUUUCUUUUUUUCCAAUUGCUGAAUUUGGAUAUUUUUGAACAAAGAAGAAAUCAGCCUUCGUCUCCAAGGCAGCAGGAAGUAAACUGAAGGCAAGUACGUGUUGGCGGGGCGUUUUACGGUGCAUGCAGCGAUGUGGCAGUCGCAAAGGCGAAGGAGCAGCCCCAGGGGUGACGGCUUGUGUGUUGCUGAUGAUGACUGUAUUAGCAGUCUGAUGAAGAAUGAUUCCUUCUGCAUGAAUCAGUCUUUCCCCUCUGCAAAGAACUGCGCUUUGAACCCCGUGGAUGCAACAGGUGAUUUUUAUGCUGGCUCAUCUGUGGCGAUGAGGAAUCUUCAGAUUUCAGAUCUGCAUGCCUCUCAUCCGGCAUCUCAGCCAUCAGCCCAGGAGUCCCCUGUGUUUGAGAGCUCUCUGCUCCGACAGCUCGUCCAUGGUGCUACAGAGAAGAGCGGGAAAGCUCUGAAUCCCAGCACAGCAAUCCUGUCCAUAAGCCGAACCACAGCAAAGGUUGUGGAUGCCAACGAUUAUGCUUGCAAGCUGUUUGAGUGUCCAUAUAGCGAUUUGAUUGGCCGGAAGCUGACCUCUCUCGUAAGAACCAAUCAGAUGCUGCAGGAAAUCUUGAAGGAGGAUACUGUGGAUUCCACUGGGAACCUUAAUACUGUUUCUGCAAAAGUGGUGACUGCGGCAAGUUUGGCAGGUGCAGAAUUUCCUGUUUCUGUGUAUGUCCAUAUGCCAGAGCAGCAGCAGCAGCAGCAGCAGGUUGUUGACCUUCUCGUGGAAAGAGUAGAGAGGAUCACGGCACACGUGACUUUCACUCAGAAUGGUGGAAUCAUCAGUUGUGAUCCCACUUUUGCCCAUCUCCAUGGUUACCACGGUGCUGAGGAAAUGACAGGCCUGUCAAUCAUGGCUCUUAUGCCAUCACUACAGAUCCCAUUUCACUGCAGGACAACUCCUAAGGUGUUGCGUGUACAGAGGUUGUGUUUUCAGGACAGGUCUGGUCUAUCAGUGCCUGCAUGUGUCAGACUGCAGGCUGCUGUAUCCUGUGCAAGAUCAGCCCAUCCAGAACAUUCUGACAUCUCGCUUAGCAGCUCUCGACGACUCAGUCGGACACCGUCAGGUGAUAAAUCAGGUGCUGGUGAAAUCUUGUCCCCCAGCUCAGGUGUGCUGUACUCUGGGUCAGUGUGUGUAUUUGUUCCCGGUAGCUGUUUUGUGACGCUCCGGCCCAAUGGUACCAUUCACAGUGUCAACAACAUCUUCAGCUUCUUGCUCCUUGGAUACAACAGCAGUCAACUUCUCGGCAAGAACAUCACAUACCUGAUACCAGCAUUUUACGAGCGAGUUCAUGCCGGGAAUGAAAGCAACCACCCCGCAUCAAAUCUACAUGACACAUCCAGCCCCACAGAUCCUUUUAGAUGUUCUCCUAGUGCUAACUGUCAACCCGCUGAUGUACUAACACUCUCUACUGAUGUUCACUCAACAAGAGAUGAUCAACAAGAGACUUGUAAUCCAAACACCGUUCUUGCUGGGGACAGCGUGAUGGUACAUAUGGCUAUGCGGAGAAGAGCGGGUCUCGGGAAAGGAAAGAAGAUCUUUACGGGGACCAGCGCUAAACUGGAGAAGGAGGGCAGCGUCCCAUCAACCAUGACCUCACCUGCUGUCACCUCCACACCACUGAAUGGGUUGAAUGACACUUCAGAACUUUGUGAACAGAUUGUAGACGUGACUGCACAGGUGUCCGAGUCUGACUCUGCCAACUCCACCACCGCUCUGCUACAGACCUUUGCUUUGGUGGAGUCCCUGGAGGUUCACAAUAUCAAUUACACUUCUCGUGGUCCAUCAGGGCAGCUCAUCUCUGGGCAAGAUUCCUCCAAGGCACCUCUGAAGCAGAAACCGCUGAACCCGGACCAUAUGAUCGCUCCAAAGUCUUGUGGAAGUCAUCCUGAACCUCAUAAACAGUCCUGUCAGUGCUCCGAGCAGGACCAGCUUCAGGACUCCAGCUUUGAGGUGAUCUCCCUGGGCAGUGGGUCAUCAUCUGGGUUUUGUGAGAAGUUGGUGGGAGUUGCCGGGCCAGAAAAGCUCGAUGAGUCUCAGCAGGGACGUCAGCUGACGGAAUCGGGGAGCUACUUCCUGGACUUAAACACAAAUGGAGAUGAAAUUGUUCAUGCCCUAUCGGAGAUGAACCUGAAUGAGAGCAUUGAGAUCCCAAAUAUACCUUUUGAUCUUGAUUACUCGUUGACGUCGUGUGAUACCGCUGAACUUCUGCGUACCCCUUCGCCCUUCAUUGUAGAGUUGGACACUGAGGUUGAAGCACAGGUCUGCCCGGAGGAGGAGGCAACACAAGUAAAUGCCUCCUUAUUUAAAGAACAAACGGAGCGUGCAAGCCCUCAACAGAAGCCUGAUGAACAACCACAACCAAAGCAACUUCUGGAACAUUGGAAUUCCCCAUCGGCAUAUGUCAAGGGCCGUGUUCUGGAUCUCAGGACUGGUGGAAUGGUCUUGCAAGGAGACGCUCCUACUACCUCCACCCCAAAAAAGGCUAGGGCAAACUCUCUUAUUCCAGAGGGCAGGUUUCAUGUCACCUGCUACCACAGAGAUGGAACUCCAAUCGAGGUACAAUGUGAUGUCUGUCAGACAUCCAUGUCCAGUGGUGGUUCUCUUAUCUGUCUAUGGCUAAGUGGGGGCCAUCUCUUGCUCAACCACCAGGAGGCACUACAGAGCACAAUGUCUCCCACAAUAAGAACAAGAGCCACAGAACAGGAGCCCUCUGCAUAUAGCUUUGCUGAGGCAAUCCGGUCCGAUGCCUUGCGCUCUUCUGUGGACCUGGAGCAGUCCAGAGCAUGCGAGGGGCAGUUUGAGGAAGACUAUCGCCCCCUGCGAUCCAUCGGAAGAGGAGCAUUUGGUUUUGUCUGGCUUGCUUCAAGACGAAAAGACGAACAUGAAGUUGUUGUGAAGUUCAUCAGAAAAAGUGCGGUGGUGAUUGAAUGUUGGGUCGAUGAUCCUGAUUUGGGUCAGGUCAGUAAGGAAGUGGCUAUACUGGCUCGUCUGCAACAUCCCAACAUUGUGAAGGUGCUUGAGGUGUUCGAAAACGAUGGGUUCUUCCAAAUGGUCAUGGAGAAACAUGGGGCUGGGCUCGAUCUGUUCGAGUUUAUUGACAUGCAGCCCAGACUGGAUGAGCCUCUUGCAAGUUACAUUUUCAGACAGCUGGUAGAUGCAGUUAAUUACCUACGGGGGAAAAGGGUUCUUCACAGGGACAUAAAGGAUGAAAACAUCAUCAUAAACUCUCAGUUUCACAUCCAGCUGAUUGACUUUGGCUCAGCUGCCGUGCUUGAACCUGGACAACUAUUCUACACCUUUUGCGGGACUCUGGAGUACUGCUCACCCGAAGUGCUUCAAGGAAACCCGUACGAAGGUCCAGAGCUGGAGAUGUGGUCUCUGGGAGUGCUCUUAUACACAUUACUUUUCAGUGAAAAUCCUUUUUUUAAUGUGCAAGAGACCCUUCAGGCACAACUCAACCCUCCCUGCCAGAUAUCCACAGAGUUGUACGGACUGUUAGCUGGUCUUUUGCACCCAGUGGUUACCCAGAGAAUGACACUAGAGGAGCUUUUGGAGUCGCCAUGGUUACGGCAGCCCGUAAACCUAGCAGAGUACUCAUGGGGAGAGGUCUUCCCCUCCAGCAACGAGUCCACUGAGCAUGCGGUUUCCUACUCUGGUAUUCAUCAGGCAGACAUCCUUUACCUGGACCCUGAUAACAACCUAAGUUCAUCGGAGGACACACCUCUAGAGGAUGAAGAAGAAGACGAGGAGCAGAGGAGAACGAUGGCAGCGCUGCAGUCUGAGCUGCUGAAAUAUCUCACUGAAGAGUAACUGUCUGUUCGCCUGCUCAUGUUUAUCAUGAUUCAAAUCUGUCCAAGCCCUCCCAAGAUGUACAAAACAGCCUUAUCUCUGUGUUUGGGGAAGGGAAAUCAUUAAGGUUGUUUAUCAGACCUCAUCUAACCUAGACAUUUAAAACAUUGUGUUAUGUAGAAAGAUCUCUCACUGUACUGUAAUGUUUCACAGAAGGAAAACUGCAACAAUUGUUCUGUUAAAACAGAUGCACUGGACCUGGAUGAGGGUCAGCUGAGUUUUAAAAUAAUCUGUUUUUAGGCUUUGAAGAAGCAGUUGUGCAAACAACAUAUUUUAGGUUGAUUUUUAACCUUUUAAAUUAUGAAUGUUUUAAUUAUUUUUUUAAAUGUCUUUAUUUAUCCUGUGAAUAAA